AUUGAAUACAACAAACAAAUAUUAUCAUGAAUAAUUUCUGAUAUUCUAAAUGAUUAAAAUAAAAAUUAAAAAAAAUUUUGUGUAUAAUAAUUUGUAUGUUUUAAAGAAAAUAAUUUAGUGCAGGAUGGGACGUAAUAAAGAUUCAGAAACAGAUAGUGUUUUAUCUGAAUUUGAAAAUGAGGUAAAAAACAUUAAAAUUACAGAAAGAGAAAAGCCAUAUAAAUGUAGUUUUGUUGGAUGCAACUUGGCUUUUUAUAGACCAUCCAGAUUACAAAGGCAUAUUAGAUUUCAUACUGGAGAAAAAAAUUAUAAAUGUAAUUAUCCAGGAUGUGAUAAAGCCUAUACUAAUAAUUGUCAUUUAAAACGUCAUAUGAAGAAUCAUAGUAUAAAAAAGACAUUAUAUAAGUGUCCAGAAUGCUCAUUAUAUAUUAGUAAUCGAGAUAAUUUGAAACGUCAUUAUAAGAGAAUUCAUGACAGACUGACUUGCAAAAAAUGUAAUGAAACUUUUAUAAAAAAAUAUCAAUUAAAGAUACAUAUGACAACACAACAUUUAGUUUCAUAUAAGUGCAAUGAAUGUAAUAAAAAUUUUACAAAUUUAACAAAAUUUAAAAGACAUGAAUCAAGUCAUAAGAAAAGUGAUAAACAAUAUUCAUGCAAUAUGCCUGAAUGUAAUGAAGUUUUUAAAAAAUGGUUACUUCUUUGUGCUCAUAUAAAAACUCAGCAUGUACGUGAUCACAAAUGCAAGGAUUGUGAUAAAAUAUUUUUGACUAAACGACAUUUAAAAAUUCAUUCAAAAGUUCAUAUGGAAAAUAGAUCUGUUUUAUCUUGUCCAUACGAAAAAUGUCCGCGAGUUUAUUAUUUUAAUUGGAAUUUAAAACAACAUAUACGAACUUAUCAUUUAGGAGAAAAAUACGAGUGUGAUAUAUGUAAAAUAAAGAUUGUAAAUAAAAAAAGAUUAGCUGAACAUAUUCAGAAAUUACAUAUGUCAGAAAAAAGAAUAAAACAAUCAAAAAAAUUGCGCAAAAAACGAAAAGAUGCUGGAUUACCUAAAAAAAGUACGGCGUCCAAAUUAAUUGGAAUUAACUUAUCACCAGAAAUAGAAAAGAUAAUAUUAGAAAGAAAAGAAGAUAUAAUAUAUGAACAAUUUAAAAUGGUACCAAGUGAUGAUUUAGUUUGUAAUUAAUUUUUUUAAUAAAACAAAAAAAAUUAUUUA